GGAGAAGGAGCUACGGUUUAUAUACUUGAUACUGGUAUUCUUGCAAACCACAAUGACUUCAAGGGGCGUGUAACUAUCGGAGCAACGAUUGUUGGAGAUGUCGACGACCCAACAGAUACAAACGGUCACGGAACUUUUGUAGCCGGUGUAUGCUGUGGAACAACAUAUGGUGUUGCCAAGAAAGCUAGUAUCGUCUCUGUCAAGACACUUGAUGAUGAAGGCAACGGUCGUUUGUCAGAUUUGUUAAAGGGCAUAGAAUGGGUCCUUCAACAGCAUUUACUUUCUAACAGUACCAAGAGCAUCGUAAAUUUAUCACUUGGUGCAAUGCGAAGCCAAGCAACAAACGAUGCUGUAGAACAAGCUAUUGCCAUGGGUCUGCAUUUUACAAUCGCAGCUGGAAACUAUGGUGAAGAUGCUUGUUUAUAUUCUCCAGGUUCUGCUAGAGGUGCAAUAACCGUGGGUGCCAUCGACGAAGAUGAUUCUGUUUCAUACUAUUCCAAUUUUGGCAAAUGUGUUGACAUAUUUGCUCCAGGAACAAAUAUUCGAUCGACAUGGAAUACUGGCGUACAGGAUACGCAUGUUCUUACUGGAACUUCAAUGGCAGCACCAUGUACGAUACUUCUAUAUAUAUAUCAAGCUUGCUUUCUUUAA